UCAAUCUCAACUUCUCUCUGUAGUGCAUAGACAUCACAUCCGCCACAACCGGAAAUUGAAGAUGUACGGAACAAUGUCCGCUGAGAUGACGGUUGAUGUACCGGCAACUGAAGCGUGGAAGCUCUACGGCACUCUACAGCUCCCCAAAGUGGCGGAGGAAGCCAACUCGGACUUUAUCAGCCGGGUCGACGUCGUCCAAGGGGACGGCGGCGCCGGAACCAUUCUCGAGGUCAUUUUCCGUCCAGGGAUGGGAGGGGGAAUGAAGUCGUUCAAGGAGAAAUUCAUGGUGGUGGAUAACGAGAAGCGUGUGAAGGAGGCAGAGGUUGUGGAAGGUGGAUUUCUGGAUCUAGGGUUCACGCUGUAUCGUAUGAGAUUCAAUGUGAUAGAGGUGGAGGGAAACGAGAAGCAGUGUAUAACUCGAUCUACGAUCGAGUACGAGCUCAAAGAAGAAUCUGCAGCGAAUGUUGAAAUCGCUUCCAUUAAACCAUUCACUGGCCUCAUGCUACUCUGUGCUAAGUAUUUGCUUCGCAACAAUGACAAUUGAUCUACUAUUACCUUGGGACAGCGUGUUUUACUUUCAUGUUUGCUAAAAUAAAUUUCUAUCCUCCUACUAUA